CGGUCAGGGCGCGACGCGACGCGACGCACGGAGAUUGUGCCUUAGUUUUUACCAGUUUGUGAGAGAGCAGAGCGCAUGAGGCGGAGAUAGGACGGGACAUUGAGCAACUUCCACCACGAGAACUCGAAGGAAAGCAACUGGGAGCAGUAGGAUAUCCCGACACUUCGGGAAGUGUGUGAUGAGAGUUAAAUGGCCGAGGCGGCGUGGACUACCGGGGACCUCAUGACUGUGCGCCGAGCUCACGGUGCGCAUGUAUAGUUGGGACCGACAGCAAAAUACGGCCAGAUGGUAUCGAAUUAAUUCUCUUUCGCUACAAAUAUACACAUACCGGGACGAGUUUGCUUAAGUAAGGCGCCUGACCAUGUCGCAUCCCGAGAUAAGGAAAUUUACUCGGGGACUCGGUAAACCGGGAACAGCCGCCGAGCUGCGGCAAAGCGUCUCGGAGGUCGUGAGGACAUCGGUCCUGCUGGUGAAGCCACGCAUGAUCGAGCCACUCGACUACGAGAGCGUGCUGGUCCAGAGGAAGACUCAGAUCCUCAGCGAUGCGCUCCGGGACAUGCUGCAGUUCCCUCUAGAGGAUUUUCAGAUCUGCGUGGUGCGCCGGCACAUCCGCACUCUGUACUCGUCUGUGGCAGAAAGCGCCCUGAGAGAAGCCCACAGUCUGUUCGUGCAGGAGUGUAUCAAGACCUAUAAAUCAGACUGGCACCUCGUCAACUACAAGUAUGAAGAUUAUUCUGGUGACUUCCGCCAGCUUCCCAAUAAAGUGUCCAGACCCGAUAAGCUGGCGGUUCACGUGUUCGAGGUGGACGAAGAUGUGGAUAAAGACGAGGACACAACCUCCUUAGGCUCUCAGAAGGGAGGCAUCAGCAGGCAAGGCUGGCUGUACAAAGGGAACAUGAACAGUGCUAUCAGCGUCACCAUGAGGUCUUUCAAGCGGCGGUAUUUCCACCUCACACAGCUGGGGGAUGGUUCCUACAACCUCAACUUUUACAAGGAUGAAAAGAUCUCCAAAGAGCCCAAAGGAACCAUCUUUCUGGACUCUUGCAUGGGUGUGGUUCAGAACACUAAAGUUCGCAGGUUUGCAUUCGAGCUGAAGAUGCAAGAUAAGAGUGCAUACCUGCUGGCUGCUGACUCCGAGAGUGAGAUGGAGGAGUGGAUCAGCACGCUCAACAAAAUCCUUUGCAGCAGCUUUGAGCUCGCCAUGCAGGAGAAGAGGAAUGGAGACCUACAUGACGAUGACGAACUGGGGAAAGCUGACAACUCUCCUGGUAGCGUGGACGGCUUUCAGAGCGCCCGAGACAUCGAGUCCAAAAUCAGAAAUGAGACUCGACUAAAGCUCUUCACUCUCGACCCGGACACGCAGAAACUGGACUUCUCCGGCAUCGAACCUGAAGUCAAACCUCUGGAGGAGAAGUUUGGCAAGCGGAUUCUUGUGAAGUGCAACGACCUGUCAUUCAAUCUGCAGUGCUGUGUGGCAGAGAAUGAGGAGGGACCAACCACCAAUGUGGAACCGUUCUUCAUCACGCUGUCUCUGUUCGAUACCCAGAGCUGUCGGAAGGUCUCUGCCGAUUUCCACGUAGACCUGAACCACCCAUCAGUGAGGGCCAUGGUGCAGGUCUCUGGGGAGAAGACCAUCAACGGAGCCCUGGACACUGGCCAGCAUGUCCCCUGCAGUCUGCCAGACAGCGCCCUGCAAUACCCGCAGCAGGGAGUGUUCUCUGUCACAUGUCCACACCCUGAUAUCUUCCUUGUGGCUCGGAUUGAGAAGAUCCUUCAGGGAGGAAUAACUCACUGUGCUGAACCAUAUAUGAAGAACUCUGACUCUGCCAAGACUGCCCAGAAGGUGCUGAAGAACGCUAAGUUAGCGUGUAGCAGACUCGGCCAAUACAGGAUGGCCUUCGCGUGGGCAGCCAGGCCUCUGUUUAAGGAUGCGUCUGGGACACUGGAUAAGUCUGCACGUUUCUCUCCGAUCUACCGGCAGGACAGUAACAAACUCUCCAAUGAGGACAUGUUCAAACUGCUGGCGGAUUUCAGGAAGCCUGAGAAGAUGGCCAAGCUGCCCGUGCUCCUGGGCAAUCUGGAUGUGACCAUUGACAACGUGGCCCCUGAUCCCACAAACUGCAUAACCUCCUCGUAUCUCCCCGUGCGUCAGUUCGAGGGCUUAGACAGGAACGGCGUCUUGUUUGAGGUGGAGGAGUUUGUGCCGUGCAUCGCCAAGUGCUCCCAGCCCUUCACCACCUACACCAACCACCUGUACGUCUACCCGCGCCACCUCAAGUACGACGGCCAGAAAACCUUCGCUAAGGCCAGAAACAUCGCAGUGUGUGUGGAGUUCCGGGACUCGGACGAGGAAGACGCUCUCCCCGUGAAGUGUAUAUACAGUCGUCCCGGGGGACCGCUCUUCACUAAGAACGCUUUUGCUACAGUAUUGCACCAUCAACAAAACCCAGAGUUCUACGAUGAGUUUAAGAUCGAGCUGCCGACCCAGCUGACGGAGAAGCACCAUCUCCUCUUCACCUUUUAUCACGUCAGCUGUGACACCAACAGCAAGGCCAACACCAAGAAGCGGGAGCAGGUGGAGACGCAGGUGGGCUAUGCAUGGCUACGGUUGCUGAGGGAUGGCCGAGUGGUGAUGAAUGAACAGCAGAUCCCUGUGGCUGCCAGCCUGCCUGCAGGUUACCUCAGCUACCAGGACAGCAGCAGCAAGCAGCACGCCGGUCCCGAAUUGAAGUGGGUAGAUGGAGGGAGGCCUCUGUUUAAGGUCUCCACCCAUCUGGUGUCCACAGUCUACACCCAGGAUCAGCAUCUGCACAAUUUUUUCCAACACUGUGAGAGCAAUGCGUCAGUAGGCCAGUCCCCUGGUGGAGAGCUGGUCAAAUACCUGAAGAGUCUGCACGCGAUGGAGGCUCACGUGAUGAUCAACUUCCUCCCCACGAUUCUGAACCAGCUCUUCCAUGUUCUCACCAUGUCAGCUCACGAAGACGUCGCCGUCAACGUCACCAGAGUGAUGAUCCAUAUAGUAGCUCAGUGCCAUGAGGAGGGCUUGGAACAUUACCUCCGCUCCUAUGUGAAGUAUGUCUUUAAGACAGAUGCUCACACGGCCACGGGGAAGACCGUACAUGAGGAGCUUGCCAAAGCCAUGACCAGCAUCCUCAAACCUUCUACUGACUUCCUCACCAGCAACAAACUGCUGAAGUACUCCUGGUAUUUCUUUGAAGCUUUAGUGAAGUCCAUGGCCCAGUACAUGAUAGAAAGUGGCAAAGUCAGGCUGUCAAGGAAUCAGCGUUUCUCGGUCUUGUUUCACCACAUGGUGGAGACACUGGUGAACAUGCUGAUGCCUCACAUCACGCAGAAAUACAAAGACAACCUGGACGCAGCACGCAAUGCCAACCACAGCCUGGCAAUCUUCAUCAAGCGUUGUUUUACAUUCAUGGAUCGAGGUUUUGUCUUCAAGCAGAUUAACAACUACAUCAACUGCUUCAUGCCUGGAGAUGCAAAGACACUAUACGAGUUGAAGUUUGAGUUCUUGCGGGUGGUGUGUAAUCACGAGCACUACGUUCCUCUCAACUUGCCCAUGCCUUUUGGGAAGGGACGGAUCCAGAGGUUUCAAGCAGUUCACUGCUCCAGUAUGGCGUCUCAGUCUGCUGUAGAUUUGCAGCUGGACUACUCUCUAACAGAUGACUUCUGUAAGCACCACUUCCUGGUUGGGCUGCUGUUGAGAGAGGUGGGCGGUGCACUGCAGGAGUUCCGUGACAUCAGGCAGAUGUCCAUCCAUGUCCUGAAGAACCUCAUGAUCAAACACACAUUUGACGACCGCUACACCGCCAAGAGCCAGCAGGCGAGGCUCGCCACUCUGUACCUGCCACUGUUCGGGCUUCUUCAAGAGAACGUCCAGAGGCUCAACAUUAAAGACGUCUCCCCCUACCCCAACAACCUCUCCAACAGUAAUGGACGCGAAGAGCCUCUCUCUGCCAGCUCCCUGAUGACGCCUCCUAAAGCAGGCAGCCAUGUCGAGAGUGCUCUGCAUAAGGACGUGUUUGGGGUCAUUUCGGGAACAGCCUCUCCACAUACAUCCUCUACUCCAAAUGUCAGCUCCGUACGGCAUGCUGAGUCACGCGGCUCUCUCAUCAGCACCGACUCCAGCAACAGCCUAACAGAGCGCAGCAAUGACAAGCUCCACUCCCUGGACAAGUACCAGGCAGCUGCAGCUCUGGGUGGGUCCCUCCUGCGAAGUGAUAAACUAGACCAGACUGAGGUGAAGAGUCUCUUAAUGUGUUUUCUACAUGUUCUCAAGAGCAUGUCUGAAGAUGCCCUUUUCACCUACUGGAAUAAGGCUUCAUCCGGAGAUCUGAUGGAUUUUUUCACGCUGUUAGAACUGUGCCUUCACCAGUUCAGAUACAUGGGGAAAAGACACAUCGCUAGGAGCCAGGAGGCAGGGCCUGUAGCCCACGAGCGCAAAUCUCAGACUCUGCCUGUAUCCCGCAGCCGCGCUGGGGUGAUGCACGCCCGCUUACAACAGCUCAGCAGCCUGGAUAACUCCUACACCUUCAACCACACAUACAGCCAUUCGGAUGCGGACGUGUUGAACCAGUCGCUGCUGGAGGCUAACAUUGCUACUGAGGUGUGUCUGACUGUGCUGGACACUCUCAGUAUCUUCAUCAUGGCCUUUAAGACCCAGUUGAGUUUAGACCAUGGCCACAACCCCUUGAUGAAGAAAGUGUUUGCGGUCCACCUGGGAUUCCUGCAGAUUAACCAGUCAGAGACGGCCCUUAAGCAGGUCAUCGCAUUCUUGCGCACCUUCAUCUACAAGUUCCCAUGCACAUUUUUCGAGGGCCGUGCAGAUAUGUGUGCGUCCUUCUGCUACGAGAUCCUGAAGUGCUGCAACUCCAAGCUGAGCUCCAUCCGCAGCGAUGCCGCCCACCUGCUCUACUUCCUCAUGAAGAGCAACUUCGACUACACGGGCAGGAAGUCCUUCGUCCGCACGCACCUGCAGGUGGUGAUAGCUGUCAGUCAGCUGAUUGCUGAUGUCAUUGGUAUCGGUGGCACCAGGUUUCAGCAGUCUCUCUCCAUCAUCAACAACUGUGCCAACAGCGACAAGACCAUUAAGAACACAGCAUUCCCGUCGGACGUGAAGGACCUGACCAAACGCAUCCGCACCGUCUUGAUGGCCACGGCUCAGAUGAAGGAGCACGAACGCGACCCUGAGAUGCUGGUUGAUCUGCAGUACAGCCUGGCCAAGUCCUACGCCAGCACGCCGGAGCUACGUAAAACCUGGCUGGACAGCAUGGCUCGCAUCCACGUGAAGAACGGCGACCUGUCCGAGGCGGCCAUGUGUUAUGUCCACGUUGCGGCUCUGGUGGCCGAGUAUCUGCGCAGGAAAGGCAUGUUUAAGCAGGGAUGCUCAGCGUUCCGCGUCGUCACACCGAACAUCGACGAGGAGGCGUCCAUGAUGGAGGAUGUGGGCAUGCAGGACGUGCACUUCAGUGAGGACGUCCUGAUGGAGCUGCUGGAAGAGUGUGCUGAAGGACUCUGGAAAGCUGAACGAUACGAGCUCAUCUCUGACAUCUCCAAACUCAUCAUACCCAUCUAUGAGAAGCGCAGAGACUUUGAGAAACUGGCUCACCUGUAUGAGACGCUUCACCGUGCCUACAGCAAGGUCACGGAGGUGAUGCACACUGGCAAGAGACUUCUGGGAACCUACUUCAGAGUGGCCUUCUUUGGACAGGCAGCGGGAUUCUUCGAGGAUGAGGAUGGUAAAGAGUACAUCUACAAAGAGCCCAAAUUCACCCCCCUGUCUGAGAUCUCCCAGAGACUCCUCAAACUCUACUCGGACAAGUUCGGAGCUGAGAACGUCAAGAUGAUCCAGGACUCCGGCAGGAUCAACCCGAAAGACCUGGACUCGAAGUAUGCGUACAUCCAGGUGACCCACGUCACGCCGUUCCUGGAGGAGAAGGAGCUGGCGGAGAGGAAGACGGAGUUUGAGAGGAGCCACAACAUCCGCCGCUUCGUCUUCGAGAUGCCCUUCACCGUGUCGGGCAGGAAGCAUGGCGACAUCGAGGAGCAAUGCAAGCGCAGGACUAUCCUCACCACAACACACUCCUUCCCCUACGUAAAGAAGCGUAUAGCGGUGAUGUACCAGCACCACACUGACCUGAACCCCAUCGAGGUGGCCAUCGAUGAGAUGAGUAAGAAAGUGAGCGAGCUCCGUCAGCUGUGUGGCUCCGGUGGCGUGGACAUGAUCAAACUGCAGCUCAAACUGCAGGGCAGCAUCAGCGUGCAGGUGAACGCCGGACCGCUGGCCUACGCCAGAGCUUUCCUCGAUGACACCACAUCGAAGAAAUACCCCGACAACAAAGUCAAACAGCUGAAAGAGGUCUUCAGGCAGUUUGUGGAGGCCUGCGGUCAAGGUCUGGGCAUUAAUGAGAGGCUGAUCAAAGAGGACCAGCAGGAGUAUCAUGAGGAAAUGAAGGCCAACUACAGAGAUCUCACCAGAGAACUCUCUGCCAUCAUGCACGAGCCAAUCAGCGCUGUGGAGGACGGUCUGAAGAGCCCUCUUCCUGACUCGCUGCACAUCUUCAACGCCAUCAGCGGCACCCCCACGGCCGCCGGCGUCCAGGGCGUCCCCGGCUCCUCCUCCAUGGUCUGAGGCUCCGCCCUGUCAGGCCGAACGUCUCGCUUCUGUCCCAUUCCAGCUUCUCAGCUCACCUUCUUUCCCACAGCAAGCCCCUGCAUAGACGCCCGCUUCCAGUGACCAGUGUGACUGCCGAUGUGUUUAGGAUAAAGGAGCAUUUUUAGGUUUUUUUUUUAUAAUUAUUACAUUAUUUCUACCCCUUCUGACUGGGGAUCUAAGUUACUGUUUCCUGUGGAGACUUUUAUUUUAGACUUCAUAUAUAUUUUUAAUCAGCCAAGUGGAUUUUUUUUUUUAAUUACGAAUUUGUUUAAUUGAUUCUUGUUUGUGGAUUCUGAAAUGACACUCUGCAAUACUACAGAAUUCAAGUUUCAACUAAUAACCUGCUUGACUUUUCUCAUUCUGAAUUAUGCCCUGUGACACUGUGUUCAUAUAGCAGGUUGAGGGUGGGGGAGUUAAGAGUGUUAUUCAACAACGCCAAGCUUCAGACACACCCACACCGACACUGUUCACCUUAAAUGAGCUCAACGUCUUAGACGGAGACUUUUAAAGCCAUGAUAUAACGUAUGUAUGUUGUCCUCUUUAUGAUGUGUGUGUGUGUGUGUGUGUGUGUGUGUGUGUGUGUGUGUGUGUGUGUAUACAAAUAUCUAAACAGAGUGCAAUAUGUAGCAAGCGGAGCUCUUGCUGUGUUUGAUACACUGUAAGGAUGGUGUCGAUGCAGAGGAGAAGAACCAGGGAAGGAACAAGCACAUUCACCACAGUAGUGUUCUUCUACAUGUUUAGCAAAGUCUUUUAUAUAUGAAAUGGGGAUAUUUUUUUUCAAUUUCUAUUUAAUAGAAAGUCACUGUUCUGGUGUAUUUAAACUCAAAUGUUCCCUGACGCAUAUCUUUUAAAUAAAUUCCACAAUUUACAAAUG